GCCAUGCCCGUUGGCCACGCAUAAUUCCUUCUACUACUACUUGCUUGAUCCAGCAUGUGCACCCGCAUAAGGUACCGCUCGUAGCCGUCUAAACAAGGCGAACUAAAUUUGCUUUACUGUUGCUUGAUGCUGCAGUGUGAGCAGGGGAACACCCAAUGCGAGAUGUCACAUAGAUCGCCAUGGAUCUUGCUCUGGCGGAAGGACUGAAAUAGGGCGAUGUUGCACAAGUACUAGCAGUAUCUGGAUGGCGUGGAGCCCGAUUAUGGGGUCCGAUCGAGAGGACGCGCGGCGGGCGAACUGAAGACAGCAAUUCACGGGCACGCAAGAGCAGUCAACUGGGGACAGGCGGAUGGGGGCUCUUUGCCUGCCAUAGGCCUCCUGAACCGUCGUCGUCAGCCCCAACAGGCGACGUGACCAACGGAAUAAUCCUGAGUGGUCUUGCAGGCUGCCAAUGCGAGAGACUGCAACGCUCUCUCUUCCGCCCACGCAGCACUCUCGCCCUCGACCAUCACCCUCCAAGCCGGGCUACGCGAUCACAUUAUUGCAAAAGGGAGGAAUAUACCACUGGUGGACGGUCAUCCACGGCGAACUGUGAUAAUCUCCCGCGCGUUCCAAUCAUUCUCGGCGGAACGUCCCUCUACGAUCUGCUUUGCAGCCUGUUCACGCAGUACUACCACGACCGACAGCACAACCUAGGCUGCUAGUUCCUCCUUACGCUGGCUCCCUGGUACUAGUCGUAUGUAGUUAUAGCUUGAUUGCCAUAAUUAUUACUGCAGCCUUGGGCGGCCCACGCAAUCACUCAAUCCCCGUCCACGUCCACGUACUCACUUCCACCGCACCGCAUCCGCAAUCCGCAUCUCAGCAUUCGUCCUCACUGUCGCCUCGUCGUCCACCACGCACUCAACGCAAUUGCUCUUCCUAUACUAAUCUGACGACCUACUACACGACCGCUCUCGUCGCUCUCACCCAAUUGUUCCAUAUACUACCCUCAUGAUAGCCCUGUGAAUGGGCUGUCUCUUGAAUCCCUAUUUGCAGCCGCAUUGUGGCGAGGCACUCGAGUCGGGCUGUGCUCCGCAGACUGCGCCAAUCGUCACAUUCACCUAACAAACUCGAACGUGACCUCAACACCGGCCACAAUCCCCCUUCUCGCUUCGGCGUUUUGCAGUCUUGCUCCCUUGACUAUCGAACAUUGUGUCCAUAGUUCACUCUCUUGGUGACCGCGAGGGCUACGGUGACGACAAUGGCGGACCAUUCGCGGCCGCGCAUUCUCGACGACGACUUUGAUUUUGACGCUGGCGAUCUGACCAAACAAUUCGAACAAUUACUGCGGACGAGACGGCUUAAUGAACUCGAGGAACAAGCAAGAACACCACGGGCUGCUUCACCUCGGUCACCCUCUCAAACAUCCUCACAACAACCCACCUCUCCGCGGCCUCAAUCACCCAAGUCCGCGCCCUCGCCGCGGCCUUCGCAACGCUCAAACCAACCGCCUACAUAUACAUCCUUUCGGAGUCAUCCUAUAGUCCCCUCACCUCCACAAGAUGCCGCUUCGCUCAAGUUUCGAAAUCUCCUCAUCACCUUGUCCAUGACUCCCACCAAAUACGAAAAUCCAGGUUUGCUAGACGAAGCAUUAACCCAUGUCCCGAUCGAUCGGGUGUAUACUGAAGCGGAGGAAGAACACAAUCUCAUGAAGGCUAUGGCAGCCUCAAAGGGUGACAAUGUAAAGCCGGAAUGGGGUUACCAAGACUGCGUCAUUCGGUCGCUGCUACGAUGGUUCAAACGAUCCUUCUUCACCUUUGUCAACAACCCUCCUUGCUCACGGUGUCACGGCGCCACUGUCGCCCAAGGACAAACCCCUCCAACGCCAGAUGAGGUUGCUCGAGGGGCCACUAGAGUGGAACUAUAUAAAUGCACCGCUCCUGGCUGCCAGACCUUCGAGCGGUUUCCUCGAUAUUCGGACGUCUGGACUCUGCUCGAGACGCGGCGUGGUCGCGCUGGCGAGUUCGCCAAUUGCUUCAGCAUGUUAUGCCGUGCUGCCGGUGCCAGAGUGAGAUGGGUGUGGAACAGUGAAGAUCACGUUUGGACCGAAGUCUAUAGUGAGCAUCAACGAAGGUGGAUCCACGUCGACCCAUGUGAAGAAAUGUGGGAUAAUCCGAGGGUGUAUACUGAAGGCUGGCAUCGAAAAAUAGCCUACUGCAUUGCAUUCUCAAAUGACGGCGCCACCGACGUUACUCGGCGAUAUGUCCGGAACUACCGAUAUAGCCUACCACGAACACGAUGCUCGGAGGAAGUGCUCCUCUGGAUCAUGCAUGAGAUCCGCAAAAUCAGACGAGAAAACAUGGACAAGUCGGCUAGACAAAAGUUGAUGAGGGAAGACGAAAGGGAGGAGCGGGAGCUUCGAGGCUACGUCGCGCAGUCACUGGCCAGCGACAUGCUCAGCACUCUCCCGGGCACCAUCAACGCCCAACGAGGCGAUGAAGUCAAGACUCCUGCCGAACGACAACCAGAGGCCACUGUCCAGUGGUCCAAUCACCAACAACUUCGUCCUCCCCGGCCUUGAGCGGGUGUUGCGUCUCAUUCAACCAACCACCACUACCGACGACGGGGAUACAGUCCCGGCAUAAUUGCUUCCACAUUGAGGCCCGCCCCUCCGCCGCACCUUAACGUUGCCAUGGUUAUUUCGACACGAACCCAUCUAUUUACGAAGUGCAUUUUUCAUCAUCUUGACGCUUUAUGCAUUGUUCCAGGGCGCAAAAGCGAGAACCGAUCUGCAUUUCUAUGGAGUUGGAACAGCUCAAUGAGCUUGCUUGUCAGAAUUGAGCGGGACAACGCCCUGGGGUCUAUAAUGGGACCAUCUUUCUGCAUAAUUCGAGUCACAAGUCAAAACAUCGAGUUCUGUGCUGCUGCUGUGUACCUAUCUUCACCACGCUUAUACAGUUGUUGCGGUAGACUGAGCUGCCGCAAUCUCUGGUCAGGGAAACCAGGCUGCCCGAUGAAGGCAAUACCCGGGAGGUUGGAUUCAGUUCCCACUGUCAUGUUGAUCGUCAAGGCGGGCCCGGGUGCAGACCUAGCUAGCUCCUCUGGUUUGCUACCAGUGUGAGAUGACAUCUCAUCCUAGCCACAGAGUUAUGAUCCCUCGGAAUUCGAGCAUUGCGCCAUGACGGAGUCGGAAGGCAAGGCAUGCAUGGCAUGGCAUGGGUGGCCGACGGACUUCUUAAUGUGACUGUGCUUUUUGCCGCCGAGCCGGUGAUGGAAGUACGAUAUGGAUCCAGUGUUCGAUCUGUCUGUACCAUGUUUGACGAGUACCCACCUAUUCGACAAAGAGUAGACGAUGGGGGCAAACAAUGACACUUACAGCUCUACAUAGUAGCUACCUACCUAAGAACUGAGCUUUAAUCAUCUACUGUA